CAAAUAAUAAUAAUAAAGUUAAAAAGUUAGGAAACUUCCUUGGCAAUGGCAUUGGCUGUUUUCCCCGUAGUUAAUCGACUGCGAGUGGCUUUGGCUACUUGGGUAGGAACUUGACUUUUUAAGCAUAAAACCAUUUUUCUUUCUUUUGAUACCGACACUUAACUGUGCUGGAUUGGAUCUUCCUAAAUUCUUUUGCCAUAUCAUUUUUCAUACACGACCCUCUUCCUAAAACAUACUCAACUUUUGUUUUUCUUGCUCCCUAUUGAACUUAGAAUAUGCGCCUGAAUCUUUCUCUAGUGGGGAUACAUUUGUGUUUCCAGAGAAUUUAGCUUCAUAAGUUCAAAGUUUGUGGCUGUUCUGGAUCUGGGUUUUUUGGAAUUGGGUGGUUCAGAAUGGGGAGCGCAGAGGAGAAGGUUGUUGCCGUGAUCAUGGUUGGUGGACCCACCAAAGGAACUAGGUUCCGACCAUUGUCAUUCAAUAUUCCAAAGCCGCUUUUUCCGUUGGCAGGACAACCAAUGGUCCAUCAUCCAAUUUCAGCAUGUAAAAGGAUUCCUAACCUGGCGUAUAUUUAUCUCAUUGGUUUCUAUGAAGAGCGUGAAUUCGCAUUAUAUGUGUCUUCGAUCUCUAAUGAGCUUAAAGUUCCUGUUAGAUAUGUGAAGGAAGACAAGCCACAUGGUUCAGCUGGUGGACUUUAUAACUUCAGAGAUCUGAUCAUGGAAGACAGCCCGUCGCAUAUUUUCUUGCUGAAUUGUGACGUUUGCUGCAGUUUUCCACUGCCAGAAAUGCUAGAGGCUCAUAAAAGUUAUGGUGGAAUGGGAACAAUCCUAGUGAUCAAGGUUUCUGCAGAAUCAGCCAAUCAAUUUGGGGAACUGGUAGCUGAUCCAACCACGCAUGAACUGUUGCAUUACACAGAAAAACCCGAGACUUUUGUUAGUGACCUGAUAAAUUGCGGUGUCUACAUAUUUACACCAGAUAUUUUUACUGCCAUACAGGGGGUUUCCACACAAAGGAAGGACAGGGCUAAUCUGAGACGUCUAUCCAGCUUUGAAGCCCUCCAGUCACCAGCAACAAGAAGUCUUCCCUCAAAUUUUGUAAGAUUGGAUCAAGAUAUCCUGUCACCUCUAGCAGGGAAAAAACAGUUAUUCACCUAUGAGACCAGGGAAUUCUGGGAACAGAUUAAAACUCCCGGAAUGUCCUUGAAGUGUUCUGCUCUGUACCUUGCACAAUUCCGGUUUACGUCACCCGAUUUAUUGGCUAGUGGAGAUGGCGUAAGAAGCGCAAACAUUGUAGGUGAUGUUUAUGUCCAUCCUUCAGCAAAAAUACAUCCGACUGCUAAGAUUGGUCCAAACGUCUCCAUAUCUGCAAAUGCUCGCAUAGGCGCCGGCGCAAGGCUCAUCAGCUGUAUCAUCCUUGAUGAUGUAGAAAUUAAGGAAAAUGCAGUUGUUCUUCAUGCAAUUAUCGGUUGGAAAUCUUCCAUUGGAAAAUGGUCCCGGGUCCAGGCCAGUGGAGAUUACAAUGCAAAACUUGGAAUAACAAUCCUUGGCGAAGCAGUGUCUGUUGAAGAUGAAGUAGUGGUAAUAAACAGCAUUGUCCUACCAAAUAAGACUCUCAAUGUCAGUGUUCAAGAGGAAAUAAUUCUAUGAUUGUCUCUCUAGUGUAUCAUAACUGGUUUUCUAGUAGAAAACUGAUGUUUGAAUAAUUUAUUAUUUCUGUAAAUUAAGGUUUAGCAAAUAAAAUUCCUAGAGAUAUUUUCUCUUUGGUA